GCCAGCCCAGCCAUGGGGCGCUGGCCCCACGGCACCUGGGUUCUGCCCUUGGUCUUGGCCGCGCUCAUCCAGCUGGGACAGAGCCAGGAGAGGGAGCGGGUGAAGUGCUACGGCUCGGUGCAGGGCACCAUCUACGACUAUGGGGCCCUCACCAUCGACGGCGAGGAGUACGUGCCCUUCAAGAAGUACAUGGGCAAGAUGGUGCUCUUCGUCAACGUGGCCACCUACUGAGGGCUCACCCUGCAGUACCUCGAACUGAAUGCACUACAGAAUGAACUGGGGCCCUACGGGCUCGUCAUCCUCGGCUUCCCCUCCAACCAGUUUGGAAAGCAAGAGCCCGGCCAGAACUCGGAGAUCCUCCCGGCACUGAAAUAUGUCCGGCCUGGCGGUGGCUUUGUCCCAAAUUUCCAGCUCUUCCAGAAGGGGGAUGUGAACGGCGCCAAGGAGCAGAAGGUCUACACGUACCUGAAGAACGCCUGUCCACCGGUGGCGGAGGAGUUUGGGAACCCUAAGAACCUCUUCUGGGAGCCGCUGAGGAACCACGACAUCAAGUGGAACUUCGAGAAGUUCCUGGUGGGCCCCGACGGGGUGCCUGUGAUGCGCUGGUACCACCGGGCCAACAUCGCCGUCGUGAAGAACGACAUCAUCGAGUACAUGAGGCAGCAGCGGCGGCAGGCCCACUAGAGGCGGCGGCCGCCGGCGCGGGGUAGGGGUAGGCUGCUCCCACACCCACCGAGAACCAGCUCCCGCUUGCCUGCUGCAAGGGCUGCUCCCCACAUCCAACACAGUGAAAACCUGGCUCCAUCUUGGAGCAGUUUCAGAGCAAAGCCACGCGAGAGCAGCCCCUUGCAGCACGCCAAACGCUGGUGUCUUCCCCUUGCCCCAUCGCCACCCAUCUCUGGCACCAGCUGGGGGUCAGAUGCUCACGGUGCGGUGGGGCACAGGGCAGCAGAGACUCCAGCACGGGGAGGGGAACCAGGGAACGCUCCCUGGUAACCCCGAGUCCAUCUCCACCCGCAACGGCAACGUCUCCUCCAGGCCUGUCCGCUCCAAUCCUGCCUCCACGCUCCCCAAUCCCUGCGCCAGGCGCUCCCCUCGCCGUCCUGGCUUGGUACCCCCACCCUGCAGCAGGCCCGUGGGGCGGCUGCCUCGGGCUCUGAAGACCACAUCUGCAUGACGGCCACGUCUGAAAGCCCCCGCCAGGGGCUGGACCUGGCCCGAGCCUGCCCGGGCGCGGGGCAGCUCUUCCAGUGCAUUCAAGCUGCCCCGCGGUCCCCGCGCAGAGACGUGCUCCUCUCCCGCCCCGGAGG